AUGCCCAAAAUCGUACAACGUCGAGCAAAGAGAAGUAUACCAGAUAACGAUAAAGAUGAUAAAUAUUGGGAAAAAAGGAAACGGAACAACAUGGCAGCAAAACGUUCUAGAGAAUGCAAGCGGCAAGCUGAAUCAGAUGUUAGAAAUAAGGUUUCUUUUCUUGAAGAAGAAAAUGCAUUACUCCGUAAAGAAAUAAGC